AUGCAAGCCUGUUACUCCCAACAUCUAUUUAAUUCCCCUUCAUACGACGCCAUAGCUACGGCCAUCAUCACACUUCAGGCAUUUGCUGGCAUGUGGAUAAACGCUUUCAUUGUUUCUGUGCUUUGUAUUGCUUGGGUCAAAAAGAAAAGCUUUAACUCCAACGAGAAGAUCUUGCUGUUUCUGGGCUGCGUCAGGUUCUGGUAUUUGUGCAUCACAGGGCUAUAUUGCAUUCUUUCAACAUUUUAUGCUCACUGCUUUUAUGUUUACCCCACACCACAAAUAUUUGUAGCUAUUCAUUCCUUUUUAAAUUCCUCAAACUUGUGGGUUUCUGCCUGUCUCUGUGUCUUUUAUUGUAUAAAAAUUGCAAAUUUCAGGCACCGCUUCUUCAUCUACUUGAAAGUGAAAAUUGACAGGAUCGUGUCACGGCUCUUGGGGGGGCUCGUGCUUUUAUCCCUGGUCUUCUGCAUUCUUGGCUAUGAAGUCACUGAUAACCAGUAUGAUGACAACUUCAAUGCCACCAGCGUGGGAAACAUCUGGAGACUGUUAGUCAGAACGGAUAAACGUAUUUUACCUAUUAUUAUUGCCACUGUCAGUGGAUAUGCCGUUGCAUUCACGGCAGUAAUCUCUUCUGCCCUGCUCCUCCUCUUUUCUCUCUGGAGACACCAGCGCAAGAUGCAGACAAACUCAGUGAAGAAUCUCAGCACCGAUGCCCAUGUCAAAGCCAUGAAAUCUAUUCUGUCCUUCUUCCUCAUUUACAGCAUUAACUUUACAUGUUUGGUCUUGUCACUCAGUUAUUCCAUGGAGCAGGAAAAUCCUGUGCAGUUUUAUGUGUCACUAUUUCAGCAUGCUUUUCCGGCUGUUCAUUCCCUUAUUCUGAUUUUCAGCAAUCCCAAACUGGAAAAGACCCUACUAAGAACUCUGUCCCGUCUGAAGGGCAUGGUUUGCAUGAGGUAG